CUACUGGUGGCUCAUUUCAAAGCAUAUUGCAUUUCAUACCGUUUAGUUAAUGUUAAUUAUUAUUAAUAAUAUUAUUUAUCAUUAACUCUCAUACUAACCUAACUAAAAGUGAGAUAUGAGAAUAAAUUUACUUACUUUAUUCGUUAUAUUUCAUUGCAAUAACGGUAAUCAGAACGAUAAUAAGGUUAAAGAAUUCUUAAAAAGAAUAAACAGCGAAAAUUAUCAGAAUGGAAUAAGACCAGGAUUUUCUAAAGGUGAAAUAGACAAAGUUGAAAUGAAUAUGUAUAUUAAUAGCUUUGGUUCAAUUAGUGAAUCAUUGAUGGAGUAUACUAUUAGUAUCUUUAUGCGUCAAUCUUGGAGAGAUGAACGUUUAAGGCACAACUUAACAAAAUUAACUUUAUCUUAUCAUUAUGGGGAUAUUCUAUGGGUUCCUGAUUUAUUUUUUAGAAAUGAAAAGAAAGCUUAUGUUCAUCGCGUGAUUCAUCCUAAUAAACUAAUUACCGUAUCCGAAGAUGGUAGGGUUACCUAUAGUCAGAGGAUAACUUUAAAACUUUCGUGCAAUAUGAUACUCCUAAAAUUCCCCGUUGAUACUCAAGUUUGUCCUCUCUACUUAGAAAGUUUUGGCUAUACAACUGAAGAAUUAAUGUUCUAUUGGAAAAAAAAGAAUCCUGUUCAAUUAAAUAUUGAAAAUGAAUUACCGAAAUAUGAAUUAAAAGAUAUGAUUUUUGAUAAUUGUACCCAGAACUACUUAACUGGUAAUUUUACAUGUAUUAAGACAGUUUUUACUUUAGAACGACAAUAUGAUUUUUAUAUCAUACAAUUCUAUUUACCGUCUAUUCUGAUUGUUAUGAUAUCUUGGAUUUCAUUUUGGAUUGAUAACGAAGCUAUACCUGCUAGAAUUUCGUUAGGUUUAUUAACGGUUCUUACUCAAAUUACUCAGAUGUCUGGUUUAAAAAAUCUAUCUCCAGCUGUAUCGUAUGUAACAACAUUAGACGUUUGGAAUUUUGCUUGCCUAAUAUUUACAUGCGCAGCGUUUAUUGAAUUUUCCAUUGUUAAUGGAGUAAAAUAUGGUGUAAAAGAUGAUAAAACUACAAUUGAAGAAAAGGAACAAUCAAGAGAAACUGAUGGAGUAUCUACAACAAUGAAUCACCAAAUUCGUAGACGACACAUUAAAAUGAAAAAGUUUAGCUGCAAAAUGUAAUACUAUUAUUAAUUUAUAGCUUAAUUGCUGUUUAACGUCCAUAAUAAGAUUUAUUAGGAAAUAUCAACGAAAAGUUGUGACAUGAGUUCCCAACUAAAUCUUUUACCUUUUCAGUCUCUAAUUAACCUUUCAAUAUAUAUAUAUAUAUAUAAAUAAGCAUUGAAAUCUCUUUUCUCUUAUAGAAAGAAGAAGAAGAAAAGUCCUUUAAGACGAAGAGAUUUAUCAAUUGCAAUAGAUAAGAUUUCAAGGAUAAUCUUUCCAAUUUUCUUUGCAGUUUUUAACGUUUUCUAUUGGAUUGCUAUAUUCAAAUUCCUAUAAUUCAUAUUAAAUUUAUGAUAUUAAAUAUUUUGCAUUAUGUAAUGUCACCUAGUCAGUUCAAAUCUCACAUUUUUUCUGUUACUCGAUUUUUAGUGUCUGUUGUUGCGAUCGUUAU